AUGGCGGAAGGAGGCGAGGCAGUGGCCUCGGAAGCAGCGCCCACUGCAGAAGCGGAUGCGCUGAUCGUGGACGCGGGCACCAAGCCCAUGGCCGAUCAGAAUGCGCCAGUUGAUCAGAGCGGAUCGGGCGCUGCUGCCCCCGACGCUGCAGGCGAUGGGUCCUAUGAUGCUGAGGGCCCUGUUGGUGCAGCGGCAGCAGCAGAAGCAGAAGAAAUUCGGGGGGAGCAGAAUGGGGUGGCGGCCAUGGCGGUAGACGGCCUUGCGGCGGUGCAAGAGGCAGCUCCGGCUGGAGCGUUCGCUGCUGCCGAUCAGCCAGGAGCCUGCGAGACACCGCUGCCUGAGGAGGAGCAGGCCCAGGUGGUGGCAGCUCUGUCUGCCAGUGCCACCGCAGGGCAGCAGGACGCGCUGGCAGCCAUGUCGCCACACGCACCAGCAGUACCAGCAUCAGAUGGGCAGGCACACGAGGCGGGUUCCACCGACGAGGCGGAACCGCAGGCGGGCAAACCAUCAGCGCCUCCCGUUGCUGCAGCACCGCCUGCUCGGGUGCCUGCCCGGGCGCUCUACGGCCUGUCAGUGGAUGAGGGCGAGAACGGCCAGCCGGCGCAGCAGGCGCAGCACGUGGGCGGGCAGUCGCAGCGGGCACAGCUGCCGCUGCUGCCACGCAUGGAGGAUGAUGGCCGCCUGCCUGCCUAUGCCGUGGCCGGCGGCGAGGAUAGCUGGCAGCACGACCCAGGGUUGCGGGGCGCACGCAAGGGUGCACAUGCCGACGAAGACCCGCCGCCAGGCUUCCAGCCGGUAGACAUCUUCAUUGGCGGCCUGCCACCCACAGCGGACGACUUUGAUGUGUGGCAGGCGGUGGUGCCAGCGGGGGAGGUGGUGGGCGUUAAGCUCAUCCGCCGCAAGCGCGACCGCGGCGACUGCCGCGGCUAUGGGUUUGUGCGCAUGGCAAACAGGGAGGCGGCAGAGGCGGCCUGCCAGACUGUUAAGGAGGCUUGCGGCGUCCCUGUGGCGAUGAGCCUGUCUUCAAGCAAGACCCUGCCAGAGCUGCAUGCCGCAGCGGCAGCCGCUGCGGCCACCACACCCCUGCAGUUGCCCAAAGACAGCGACAGCAGCCUGGUGCAGCUGAUGGAGGCCGUGCGGCAGCAGAAGGACAGGCAGGCGGCGGUCACCACAGCCCUGGUUGCAGUGCUGCACCCGGCGGCGGAAAAGCCAGCAGCAGCAGUAGGCGGCAAGCAGCAGCGGGGUGCAGAGGGUGGCCCUGGCACGAGCAGCCCAGCUGUGGGUGAGGAGGGGCUGCCAGAUGGCACCAACUACAUGGAUCCCUACCCCGCAGUCAAGGCCCUGAUGGCAGAGUUCAAGGCCCGGGGCCAGGACAACAAGACGCCGCUUGCGAUGCUGAACGAGUAUGCGUCUCGGCUGGCGCUGCGGGUGGACACAGAGGAGCAACCGCCCCCGGAGGGCGCCACCGGCCCCAUCUCUGUGGCCAUCAAGCUUGUUAACAGCCGUGGCGGCCAGAGCUUCGCGACCAGCACUGGGCGGGGCAGGACCAAGCAGAUCGGGCGACAGAUUGCCAGCGCCGCGCUGCUGGAGACGAUUCUGGAGACUGUGCCUGCCGAGGACUUGCUGGCACCCAACCGCAACAAGCCCGGCGGCGGCAAGCAGCCAUGGCAGGCCCCGCAGCGGCACGGUGUGGGCCACGAUGUUGGCGGCAGGGGGCGUGGGCGGGGAGGCGCGGCACGGGUCAGUAGCGAGGGCAGGCCGCGCCCAGGCCCUGCCAUCAUGGGGGGCCUCCACAUGAUGGCCCAAAGCGCCUACUAGCUCUCCUGUUGAGGCCUUGUGCAUGUCCUUUUUUUGUUCCUCUUUCCUCUUUCUGUUGACAGCCCACGCACCUUGUGCUGGAUGGCUCGCCAUCACCGGACUGGCUACCCACUGCUCCCUGUUUUGGGGCAGGACAUUUGUCGGUCUCAGAAAGUUGUCAGACUUCCGUGAAAAGAUCCCUUUCGUCUGACGACCAUGCUAGGCACAAGCGAAUGCUAGCAGGGCAAAGUGUGAUCUGGAUCACUGGC